CCCCCCCCCCCCCCCUCUCUUUUAAUUUUUCCUUGCUAUCCUUCGUCUCUUUUUUCAUACAGGGACCGGUGCUCUAGCAUCGUGUCGAGUGCAACUAGGCAUGGCAGACGACAGCGAGCUAAUGAAGACGUGUGUAGUGGGAGGAAAUCCAGUUUCGGCCUUCCUGUCGUGGAGAUUGCAAGCGACGAAUGCUUGCGACGUUACACUGGUGUGGAAGUCUGGAUUCGAUCACGUCGCGCAAUAUGGAAUUUCUUUCAAGUCUCCCGUCUUCGGUAACGAACGGUUCAAGCCGCGACAUGUCGUACGCGUUCCCGAAGAAGCAGCACACGGCGGCGGCCCCUUCGACUACGUGAUCCUCUGUAUCAAGGCCCUUCCCGACGUCUACGACCUUGCCGCCGUCAUCGAUGCCGUUGUCACCCCUCAGCAUACAUGUAUCCUCGUGAACACUACCCACACCCUUGGCGUCGAGGCUGCCAUCGAGGAGCGAUUUCCUACCAACGUUGUCCUAUCUCUUGUCUCCAACGCGGAACUCUCUCAGCUUGGUCAGAGCGAAUUCGAACACAAGGGUUCGACCGAGAUUUGGGUUGGUCCCUCAAGCAAGAAUGAAAACAUUCCAGGCGCGAUCCAGGGGGACAUGGCCGAGGCGUUGGCCAUGACACUCAACACAGCCCAGGUUGAUUGCAAAGUAUCUCACAACAUCCGCCAACAGCAGUACGAGCGGGUUGUUGGGCCCAUUGCCUUCCACCCCGCUAGUGUCAUAUUCGAGACUGCCAUCCACGCGCAAUUGCUCGAAAAGGUUGGCGUACGAGACUUGGUGACUGGCGUGAUUGACGAGCUGCUCGCCCUGGCCGAGGCACAUGGAUGCAAGUUGCCUCCCGACUUUAAGCAGAAGACGAUCGACGACAUGACGAAGCCCACAAACCCCGAGAGCAUCAUGUGGCAAGACUACAUUGCAAAACGUCCGAUGGAGGUCGAGACAUAUUUGGGCUCCCCGAUAAAGUUGGCUAAAGAGGCCCGCGUUCCUGUCCCUCGCAUCGAAACGCUCUAUGCCAUUCUGCACAAUCUCAAUAUCGUCAACCGUCAGAGACCGCCCAAACCUGUCGACGUGACAAUGGCACCUCCCGGCUCACCAACAUCACAAUCACCUCUACCGAGGAUAUCAUCGUCAAACGGCAUUCGACCCGCCAUGAACGGUAACGGUAUGCCGCCCAACCGCGGACCGCGCCCGCGAAACUCGUCAAACCUGGGCCCAGGACCCGGGCCUGGCAUGCGGAGACCCCCGAUGAACGGAGGCCCUCCAAACGGGUUCCCUCGCGGCCCGCCUCCUCCUGGAUCUCGGGCGGCUUCGAGACGUGGCUCUUUGGAAGGAAACGACUUGGAGGAAUUCUCCCACCUCAUGCACUACGACGACAUCCCCGAGGGCGGGGAGCCUGGCUAUGGCCACGGCCCUGAGGGUUCCGAUCUGGCGGUACGCGAGCGUGAGUUGGAGCUGCGUCAGCGGGAGCUAGCGAUGAGAGAGCGAGAGAUGCGGAUGCGAUCGAGAGGCCCGCCUCCGGGGCCCAGGAGAGGCCCGCACCCGAUGCGCAACAGUGCCCAAGUAUUUGACGAGGAGGACGACGACGAUGAUUACUUCGACCCGCAAACCGGCCCUCCGCCUCCGAUGAUCGACCCCGACAACUUCGACAUGAUGAGUGUCACGUCGAGAAAAAACCGGAAAGCGGCACCUCCGCCGACGCGUGCUCAGUACCACAAGAACGAAGUAUACGACGCUGGGGGAGCGCCCCCCGCCAGAUCCUCUCGAUUCCGGCCCAAUUUUGGGCGUAACCGAUCAAGCCAGAUUGCUAGUGUCCCUGGGGCGAACGAAAACAUUCUGGACGAUCCUCUCUUCUCAUAUUCAUCGAACCGCUAUGGUGCUGUCGACCGCAGCACCAUGCAGGCGGGCUCGAGGGCGAACUCACUGACUGCUUCGCGGAUGGACGAUAUGCAGUUGGGCGGUGGCCCCAUGGCCGCGGGCGCAAACGGAGCCUUCCCGCGGCGAGCUAGCCAGUCUCCCGGAAACCCGUACAGUCCUUCGAUCCGAGGUGGUAGCGGCCGACCUUCGCCCCCCAACGGCUACCAUGGCCCUCCGAUGAACGGCCGUCCAUCGCCUCCUGACGGCAUGCGUCAGCCCGUACCCCGAUACCCUCCCGGUCAUGGUAACGCAGUCGCGCCGCAGCAGGUUGAGCAACACAUCGGGGUGAGCGGUCUUGUUCCUCCACCAAAGCAGAAAAACAUGAGAAGUCUGACUGGUAGUGCGAGCGCCAGCGCGGGUAGUGGUGAAUCACAGAAUGACACCGAGCCCUCGGCCCACAGCAGCCAGAGCAGCCUUGGGCAGAGACCGCCCAUUGGGGUGCGGUGAACGGUUGUCCGCUAGGCUGCUUCAACUGCUAUAUCACAUCGACGACCGCGUAGCCGGUAACACGGAACGGCAUCGACUCGCCCUGGCUCAGUUGCAGAGCGAAAUGAAGACACAAAAAUAACGAAUGCCGUCCGUUUCUACCCGCCCCAACGGGUCAGGGGGGUAUCGUGGCGGAUCCUGCCCCCCCUCCCUUCCCCGAUAACAACACCCUCAUGGAUCUCACCCUUCGUUCCGCGGCAAUACGAUAACGACACGAAACGCUACACAAGGUUCGGUCUAUCCUUUGUGACAAAACACAUAGUUAAUUAAACGACUUUUUUCUAUUUUCGGGUGGACGUCUGUUCAGUACAUACAUACGGCAUCGUGGCGAUGAGGAACAGAUUCUCGUCGACCUCUGGUAAUAGCAGCAUCAGCGUGGACAAACUCGAUUUUCUCGCUCGGCAAGAGAACCCACUGUUGGGGUUGGAAACUAGACGACCGCGCCAUGAGGUGGCUCGGGUUCGUCAGUGGCACAGGACUACAUGUCGGGCUCUAGGGCGUGUGGUUUCCGACGUUCCUUGGGCCGUUUUGGGCGACGCAGGGAAGUUGGAUUUGUACAAAAUGGAUUCGCUGAGGAAUGCCUCUCUCCUUUCUUUUGUGACUGUCCUUUACGACAAAUUUUUUUUAAGGCCGAGGCAGCAGCACGGCUAUGUUGAGGGGACUACAAGUAACGAUCAUAGACAAGGGCCGGAGGAGACUUUGAUCCGGCAAUACAAAGAUGGGCAAGUUUAUAGCAUGAUCGUGGCACGACGAUAAUGGGCUUAUGCUCAGGCCGAAGCCUUUUAUCACGCAGGAGAUUUUGGCUUUCGAUAAUUUUAGUAUCCUGAUGACGAGCGAAGGACCACGAAGGGCGGCAGGUCAAGGGGUGAGGAGAGGGACAGGGAUGUAGAAGUUUGAGGGGCCAGGCAAGUAGGCAGCCUCUUUAGGGCGUUCGGUUGAAGUAGAACGCAAUGGAAGUCAGACACAUGCAAAACCU